AUACUGAUAGUAACACACACUUCAACUGCUCUCUCUUCUCUAAAAAUCCCAGUUGAGAACCACCACAUUUUUUUGGUCACUAAAGUCCCUAACUCUUUCCCUUUGUCUUCUUCCCCAUUGAGAAUAUGGAUUUGUGUCCCCUUCGUCCUCGUCCUCCUCCCUCCUCCCUCCUCCCCAUUUGGCCUCCUCACCUCUCUGUCUCUGUCUCUGCUGCACCAUUAAAAAGAUUACUUCUUUUGCCCUUCUGAUUGCAAGUCCCAAAAAAUAACUCUUGAUUUGAAGUGGGUUUUUGUUUUUAACCUUUUUAUUCAGUUUGUUAUGGAAGUUCAUUGUGAUCUUGAAGUUGAUGUCAAUGGGGAAGAGUCUUUCAUGGUGGACAAGAGAAUUCUUGCCUCCUACUCUGGCAAAUUGAGCAAAUUACUUGGAAAAUCAAAAGCCUCCUCAAGAAAUCUUAAAGUGGUAUUCCAUGACUUUCCGGGAGGAGCGGAGAGUUUCAAGCUGAUUUCAAGGUUUUGUUACAACAAUGGCAGCAUUUACAUAACUCCUUCCAACAUUUCCCUCCUUUACUGCGCUGCGCAGUUCAUGGAAAUGAACAAUUCUGUCGCCAGAAAACAUAAUUUGUUAGAAAAAGCGGAGAAAUCAUUUCAAGAUAUCAGGUAUUGGUCAUGGUCUGAGCUUUUGACGGCUUUGAAGCAGUGCCAGGAUUUGCUUCCGGUUGCGAAUUCUUUGAGUCUAGUUGAGAAAUGCUUGGAUACCCUCAUUGCGAGAUUGCAUUUGACAAGCGAAGCAAGUCCUUGUCCUUCGACUUCAUCCCCCGAUAGCUCCGGUAUUCGGUUUUCAUGUGAUACUAGAAGCACUGAGAGUUUGAAAACUAGCUUCUCUCGCACACCCUGGUGGUUCGAGGAUCUUCUAGUUUUAGGUCCAAAUUUGGUUGAAAUGCUUGUCAAGGCCAUGGUUUCGCGAAAACUCGAUCAUGUUAUCAUUAGUAGGUUCCUCUUUUAUUACCAGAAAUCGAAGUUUUACACGGUCAAAUCCGAUACCAAGCGCACCAUUGCUGAAACGGUCAUUGAGAUGCUGUAUAUGCUUGAUCAGAGCUGUGUUUCAUGCAAGAGCUUAUUCGGGAUUCUUCGAGUUUCGCUGAAUUUUAACUUAAACAGAAGUAUCAGGAAUAAGUUGGAGAAUAUGAUUGGUUCACAGCUAGAUCAAGCAACAUUGGACAAUUUGCUUGUUCCAUCCCCACAAGGAAUCAAUUACUUGUAUGAUGUCAAUCUUGUUCUAAGGUUUUUGAAAUCAUUUCUGCGUGAUGGAGGAACCUGUCAAGCCUCUCCAAUCCGAUUAAGGAAAGUUUCUGGCUUGAUUGAUUUGUAUAUAGCAGAAGUAGCGCCAGAUCCUUGUUUGAAGCCUUCAAAGUUUCUGGCUUUAGCUAUAGCCCUGCCAGAUUCGGCAAGAGACUCCUAUGAUGAGCUCUACCAUGCCAUAGACAUGUAUCUACAGGUGCACGCAGGAUUGUCCGAAGACAAAAAGAUGAAAAUAUGUUGUGUACUGAACUAUGAGAAGCUCUCGGCAGAGACUUGCAUACACCUUUCAAAGAACACAAAAUUUCCAUCAAAAUCUGCAGUCCAAGCUCUUGUCUCUCAGCAAUCCAAGCUCAAAAAGUUACUCCAAACACCCAACAACUUUAAUUCCCAUGCCACCUCCCCUUAUAGCGCCACUACUGAGGCAAAAAAUUGGGGAUUAAGGAAAGAUGAUGCCAACGAACAACAUGUGCUUUAUGCCGGAAAACUCGGUCUCUCAACUGACAACGAGAAGCUCAGAGCACAUGUGCAAGGCAUGCAAUGCAGGGUCAUGGAAUUGGAGAAAGUUUGCAAGAAAAUGCAAUCUCAAAUGGCAAAGUUUACAAAAUCGAAAGCAUCAAGCCACAGCCAUACAAGAUCUUUGCCCAAACUUUGUUCAUGAUACAAGUUUUGCAUUUCAUUCCAUUAGUUUUAAGCAUUAUCUUAUAUUUGUACAGCUCAAGGAAAUUGUUUGUUUUUAUUGGAUAUAAGUCAACAAUUUGUGAUAUAA